AUGGGGAGGGCCGGCACCGCGGCCAACGGCACCCCGCAGAACGUCCAGGGCAUCACCUCCUACCAGCAGCGAAUAACUGCCCAGCAUCCUCUGCCCAACCAAUCAGAAUGUAGGAAAAUCUACAGAUAUGACGGAAUCUACUGUGAAUCUACCUACCAGAAUUUACAAGCAUUGAGAAAGGAGAAAUCCCGAGAUGCUGCUCGCUCCCGCCGGGGAAAAGAAAAUUUUGAGUUCUAUGAAUUGGCCAAGUUGUUGCCUCUUCCUGCAGCCAUCACUAGCCAGCUUGACAAGGCAUCCAUCAUUCGACUUACAAUUAGCUAUCUGAAAAUGAGGGACUUUGCUAACCAAGGGGACCCUCCAUGGAACUUGCGAAUGGAAGGCCCUCCACCUAACACAUCAGUAAAAGGUGCUCCACGAAGGAGAAGUCCCAGUGCACUGGCCAUUGAAGUAUUUGAAGCACACUUGGGAAGUCACAUUUUGCAGUCCCUGGAUGGCUUUGUAUUUGCACUAAAUCAAGAAGGAAAAUUUUUGUACAUUUCCGAAACCGUCUCCAUCUACCUAGGCCUCUCACAAGUGGAGCUGACAGGCAGCAGCGUCUUUGACUAUGUCCACCCGGGGGACCACGUGGAAAUGGCAGAGCAGCUGGGCAUGAAGCUCCCGCCCGGGCGGGGUCUCCUCUCGCAGGGCGCUGCCGAGGACGGGGCCAGCUCAGCAUCUUCCUCCUCCCAGUCGGAGACCCCCGAGCCAGUGGAGUCAACCAGCCCCAGUCUGCUAACCACUGACAACACCCUUGAGCGUUCCUUUUUCAUCCGAAUGAAAUCUACUCUGACCAAACGCGGCGUGCACAUCAAAUCAUCAGGAUAUAAGGUGAUUCACAUCACGGGCCGGCUACGACUGAGGGUGUCUCUCUCCCACGGGAGGACCGUUCCCAGCCAAAUCAUGGGUCUUGUGGUUGUGGCUCAUGCCCUGCCUCCCCCUACGAUCAAUGAAGUCAGAAUUGACUGCCAUAUGUUCGUCACUCGAGUAAAUAUGGACCUCAAUAUCAUUUACUGUGAAAAUAGGAUUAGUGAUUAUAUGGACCUGACCCCUGUAGACAUUGUAGGGAAGAGAUGCUAUCACUUCAUCCACGCCGAAGAUGUUGAGGGCAUCAGACACAGUCACCUAGACUUGCUGAAUAAGGGCCAGUGUGUGACGAAGUACUAUCGUUGGAUGCAGAAGAACGGAGGAUAUAUUUGGAUACAGUCUAGUGCCACCAUAGCUAUUAAUGCCAAGAACGCAAAUGAGAAGAAUAUCAUCUGGGUGAAUUAUCUUCUUAGUAAUCCCGAGUACAAGGACACACCCAUGGAUAUCGCACAGCUCCCCCACCUGCCGGAGAAAACUUCGGAAUCUUCGGAGACAUCCGACUCUGAAUCAGACUCUAAAGAUACCUCAGGUAUUACAGAGGACAACGAGAAUUCCAAGUCCGACGAGAAGGGUAACCAGUCCGAGAACAGCGAAGACCCGGAACCCGACCGGAAGAAGUCGGGCAACGCGUGCGACCACGACACGCACUGCCACGACGACGGGCGCAGCUCCAGCAACCCCGACAGCCGCGACAGCGACGACAGCUUCGAGCACUCGGACCUUGAGAACCCCAAGGCGGGCGAGGACGGCUUCGGCGCGCUGGGCCCCAUGCAGAUCAAGGUGGAGCGCUACGUGGAGAGCGAGUCGGACCUGCGGCUGCAGAACUGCGAGUCGCCCACGUCCGACAGCGCCAAGGACUCGGACAGCGCGGGCGAGGCGGGCGCGCAGGCCUCCAGCAAGCACCAGAAGCGCAGGAAGAGGCGGAAACGGCAGAAGGGCGGCAGCGCCAGCAGGCGGCGCCUGUCCAGCGCGUCGAGCCCCGGCGGCCUGGACGCGGGCCUCGUGGAGCCGCCGCGCCUGCUGUCCUCCCCCCACAGCGCCUCGGUGCUCAAGAUCAAGACGGAGAUCUCGGAACCCAUCAACUUCGACAACGACAGCAGCAUCUGGAACUACCCGCCCAACCGCGAGAUCUCCAGGAACGAGUCCCCCUACAGCAUGACCAAGCCCCCCAGCGCCGAGCACUUCCCGUCGCCGCAGGGUGGGGGCGGGGGCGGGGGCGGCGGCGGCGGCGGCGGCGGGGGGGGGCUGCACGUGGCCAUCCCCGACUCGGUCCUCACCCCGCCGGGCGCCGACGGCGCCGCCGCCCGCAAGACUCAGUUCGGCGCCGCGGCCCCCGCGGCCCUGGCCCCCGUCGCCGCCGACCCGCUGUCGCCCCCGCUCUCGGCGUCCCCGCGGGACAAGCACCCCGGGGCGGGCGGCGGCGGCGGCGGCGGCGGGGGCGCGGGGGGCGGCGGCGGGGGCGCGGGGGGCGGCCCCAGCGCCGCCAACUCCUUGCUGUACACUGGGGACCUGGAGGCGCUGCAGAGGUUGCAGGCGGGCAACGUCGUGCUCCCGCUGGUGCACAGGGUGACGGGGACCCUGGCCGCCACCAGCACGGCGGCGCAGAGGGUCUACACCACCGGCACCAUCCGCUACGCGCCCGCAGAGGUGACCCUGGCCAUGCAGGGCAACCUGCUGCCCAACGCGCACGCUGUUAACUUCGUGGACGUUAACAGCCCCGGCUUCGGCCUCGACCCCAAGACGCCCAUGGAGAUGCUCUACCACCACGUGCACCGGCUCAACAUGUCGGGACCGUUCGGGGGCGCCGUGAGCGCCGCCAGCCUGACGCAGAUGCCCGGCGGCAACGUGUUCACCACGGCCACGGCCGAGGGACUCUUCUCCACGCUGCCCUUCCCCGUCUACAGCAACGGCAUCCACGCGGCACAGACUCUGGAGCGCAAGGAGGACUGAGGCGCCCGCGCGGGCCCGCCCGAGGCGUCGUCGGCGUUUUCGUUCAGACCUUUUGAUUCUAGCACUUUGAAUUCGAGCAGGUCGGCGUCCUCGCGACACCGCGGCCCCCUUGCACCCCCUCUUUCUUUACCUUGACUUAUUCUUUCCCGUAAAGAUAUUGUUUAUUUUUUGCCUUCGGAGAGUCAGAUGACCCGUUGCCUGCCGUUUUGUCUUCUUCUGAGAUGUGUGUUGGGUUGUUUUGCUUUCCUUUGCGUCUUUAUUAAGAUGUCUUUAAUGUGUAUAUGCCUCUGCCAUAGAAUACUCAGUCUUGUGGUCAAGAGAUUUCUCAAGUGACAACCAUCGGGUUUCUUCACCAAGAUCUUGAUGUGAUCAAGAUUGAAAGAGACAAGCAUAAACAAUGUGCCCUGUUUGACUAAGUCAGAUGAAAUGGGGUGUCGUUUUGUUUUGUUCUAUUUCGUUGUUUUGGUUUUGGUUCUGGUUCCUAAUUCCUUUAAAAAAUAGGGGGAUAGUAUUUUAGGACUUUAUGCAGAAUUUGAUUCUCUUUUUAUGGUUAAGAUUUUAAGAUUUUCUUACUUGCACAUAAAAAUAAUUUGGGUUCUUAAACUUAAUUUCUGGCCUGUGACUAGAAUGUUUAAAAAAAAAAAAGUUGGACUAAAUGUUAAUUACUGAAACAUUAACUUAAUUUCUAAAACCAUGGUGCUAUCAUUUAUUAAUCUGUAAUGUCUUCAUACAAAAUGCAGCUCCUGGGCUGGGUUUUGGAAAAAAAAAAAAAAAAAAAAUGUGUUCUGUCCUGGUCUGGAGUCCGCUGCUGCAGUCUCCUUGGUUAGUUAAGACAAAGCCCUCAUUAACGUUUGCUGCAGGACUUAAAAUUUUUUACCUCCCAACUAACAAACAUAGCCUCACGUUAAAUUUAAUGGGUCAGUAAAGCCCUUUUUAAAGGGGCCUUUGGAAAACUCAAUCAGCUGAUUUGAGGAGCAGUUUAGGUACAUACUGCCUUUUGUUGAGCUGUUUUUCUUUUCUUUUUUUUUUUUUUUUCCUUUUCUCAGUCUAACUGAGGCUAAUUUUUUGCGACUUCAGUAACACUUCAGAGUAAACGAAGGAAAAGAUAUUUAACAUCUUUUUUAUUUCUUUUUCAUUUCUUGCUAAAAAAAAAAAAAAGGGAAGGUUGUAUUUGGGGGGACUGAUUUGAUUUGAUGGCAUUUUUUUUUCCCCUUUGGUUCUCUUAUUUCUAGGUUGAAACCAGUACGGUUUAAAACUAAAGAGUGGGUUGAUAAGCUUCAAACAGAUAACUGCAACUGAAAACCGCACAUUAAGUUAAAAAAAAAAAAAGAAAAAAAAAAAAAAAAAAGAAAAAAAAGAAAAAAAGGAAAAAAAGAAAAAAAAAGAAAAAGAAAAAAAAAUCUCCUAUUUUGUCUUUGUUGCCAGAAAUCAGUGUAGUGUCAAACACUCCAAAUGACUGUCAAGUAUAAAUUCUUCCUCCACUCCAUCUUUGGCAGCUGUUUUUAAGGCAUCUAAUAACAGAUGUGAGAACUGUAACGUGUGCAAUGUGUACGUGUCCUUGGCUGUCGGCCCCAUUGCAGUUUCAAUGUGUGUUGCUAUAUGCAGUAUAUACUAAGCUAAUGUAGUUGUUUUGUCCUUUGUCUUCUCUGUGCUCUCUCUCUAGUCCGGAGUGGUCCAGUCCCAUUCCUGCAGUCCUAGUGAAUCAGUGAUUCUUGGGGGUUAGUGAGUUUUGUGUGGUGGCCUUCCUCUGUAACGUCACCCUAUGCUGCUUCCACUGUCUGUGAAUCUUUCGUUCCACUUUUUAAAAUCCCUGCUGUUGCUUUGCUGGUGUAUAUUCUCCCGACCUCUCCUUCCUGUCCCUCCCUCUCUUGUCUCCCCUUCUCCCUCCAAUCUAUCCUCCACCCACCCACCCUUACCCCGCCCCCCCCCCACACCCUUCCCCAAAACCUUUUUCAUUCUCAGAGAUAAAAAGACUCUUAACUAGCUCAAGGUUAAUGGAGCCAUUUUUCCCACAAUGGAGUUCUGGGUAUGACUUUUUCUUCUGGAGUGCAACACAAAGCACUGAAGAAUAACGCUCAGAUAUUUUAAAUAAUUGAUGCCACAGAGCCUCAGUUGUUAACAUUCCCAGAGUCCCUUGUGCUCUACCUAAGCAGUGGGUGCUUUUCUUUGGUUUCCUUCCAGGUUGGCUGAUGGAGCAAUAUAUAAAGCAAUUACCAGUGAGACAGAAAAUUAUUUCAAAGGUCAACCCACAUUUUUUAAAAACAAAAGGGGAGGGGAUAAUGGAAUAUAGAACUGUCAUAUAUAUUUGUUUAUGUGUGCAAUGCUGAUAUAGUAAUUCGGCUGUCCUUUGAAUAUCACUGUGUUGCGUGGUUUCCUCUAGGACCUUUGAUGCCAUGAGUCGGGCCCACAUCACUGUGGAAUAAGAAUAACUAAAAGAAGUGAAAUGCCACAAAUUUUAAUAGUGAGCUUACUUGAAGGAUUUAAGUAGGUUUAGAAGGUGAAGAAGGCCAGUCAUGAUAUUUAAAGAUUAAUUUUGGAAGCUCUACUCUAGCUAUCGAACAAUCAAAGGAAUGCACCUAUCAGCUACAAAGAACAGCUAGACAGCUGUUUUUUUUUUUUUCUUUUAUAAAUGUUUCUGUGUUGUGUCAAAAUGAUUUCUGGUGAUUUAAACUAACAGAUAAUCACAGCUGCUGUCUAAAUCCAUAGUGUUUAAAAUUACAAAAUGAAAAAAAAAACACUUCAUUACCUGUGAAGACUGUGUCUGUGUUUUUAACUAUUUCUUGUACAAAUAUAUGAAAACUUUUAUGAGGAGACUGGUGCCAAGUAGCUGAAUAAUGGGGAAAGGGAUAUUCUGUUCGUAAAAAUCUUAGCAGUGUUACCAACUCUACAAUAUAUAUAUAAAAAAAAAUUAAAACGUUACAAAGCGACAGCUAUGGUACAUUUGUUUUGUGUGAAGCUAACCGGACCUAACUUCCUGAGUGCCUGGCUUAUUUUGAAACAUUUUUUUUUCAUUGACCAUUGAUAAUGCUGCAAAUCAGAAAUGUACAUACUUCAUUUACAACAGGGUUCUUUUUAUACUUUUGUAGAUUCUCAUACAUGUCACAUACAUGGUUGUCUUUAUGUAACUUAAUUUUUUCAU